UCUUCCUAAUAUAAACAAUCUGGGUAUUGUUCCAUUCUUUUAAUUCUAUGGCAGAUGGGACCUGGACGAACAGUCCGGCCACCAAGAAAUGCCCCGCAAUCUCAAGGUCAACAUUCUGGGAGUACCUCAGCAUCAAAAUCCAGGAAGGUACGUGGGAUAAAUAAGGGAAAGGGCUUGGAGCGUUUGAUCAAAAGGGCAGGUCAUCCACUAAACUUGACCAUCUCCGAAGAGAGAAGACCUAUUGGAGAAAAUAAUGAAUUACUUUCCAGAGAGAUUGGACUUCUUACACGGUACCAUGCACCUAUCCAACGUGCCGGGUGGCAUAGUCUGACUGAGGAUGAUAAGGAGCCGUUGUAUGAACUUCUAAAGCUUAAGUUCAAUCUUGAUUUCACCCAAGAUCAUAUCAAAGGCUGUGUGGAUCUGCUAUUCUCUUCAAGCUACAAAAGUUUUCGUCACAAGUGUUAUGAACAUUAUGUAAAAUCUGGUGAUGAUGCUAGAAGCAAUCCAUAUCCUCCCCUUAUUGAUAAUAGAGUUGGAGACUGGAUUUGGCUCUGUGAUCAUUUUGAAACAGAAGAAUUUAAGAAACGGUCCACAAUUGGGAAGGCUAACCGCUCAAACCUACCUUAUGUUCACAAGAAGGGAACAAAGUCAUUUGUAGCAGUUCAACAUGAAUUAGUAAGUCACUAUUACUUAUCUUUAUCUUGUGUCACAAUUGUGGUGAAAGCGGAAUAUCAAAACUUGUAG